CCGAAAACGGUAAUCUCGAUUCACGCGGCGCAAGAACGAUAUUGACAUGAAGGAUCGAGGCUUCCUUGUAGGCGUCACACACAGUGUCAUGAUGUCAUUGAUCCAGCAACAACGGAUGGAAAGGCAUCAGCAUGACGGUCACCACUGACCUCAUGGUACCUGACUUCUCUUGAUAAAGCCCUACAAGUCGCAUAUGUCUCUUGUUUUACGAACCUGCCAUCUCACAAAACAUACCAUGCUCCGCACUAUCAAUCGCACGCAAACCCAGGCCUUUAGGACCGUUUCCCUCAGAUAUUUCAGCCGCAGCUCCACCGCAAGAAUGGCCGACAAGAACCCCAUCCACGAGACUGCUGAGCAGGCUGGUCAGAAAAAAGGGACGAAUCCCUCGAACCCUAGUGUUAUCUCCUCGGCCGGUGCCAUUGGAAAACAAUUCAACCCCGAUGGCAACAUCGGUCAAAUCGGGGAGAAGAUUGGCGGUCCUUUCUCGAAAGAGGGUGCCAUUGGGUCCCAAUUCGAUGCCGGCAAGGGUGGAAUCGCCGGUACGGUUGAGAAAGCAGUUGAUGGUCCCAGCCAAAACAAGAAAUGAAGGGAAACCGGACUGAAAGACAUGCGGAAUGCCUG